AGGAGGCUGCUGAGGCUGAGGAGGAAGAGGAAGAGGAGUCCGAGUAGAAAGCUACUUUACCUGUGCUUUCUAUCGUUGAUGUAUGCUCUCACUCGGUCGGCGGUCAUGGUGUCUAAGGCAUGAUAUCGGUUUCUGCGUCAUUCAGCUUCUUAAUGGGUUCUUUGCGGAGGCAGGCCGCAGUGCAGCUCGACCAAUGCGGACAUGGCUUUGUCUCUUCCACGCGUCUAUGAUAUCUGGCGCCUCUACGCCACCAAUCGUCGGCGAGGAAGGGACCACGAAGCGUAAGGUCUGGUCUAUAUAUGUAAAUUAGUCAACUGCGGUAUGGAAAUCUGUGCUAUGACCUGUUAGUGUUGUGAUGGUGAUGCUUGUGAUUAUGAAACUCAAGCGUGUCGCGA